AUGUGGAUGAAGAAUUCCCCCAAUAGUACUUAUAAAAAUGAUGCUAUUGUGGGGGAUGAGCAUAUUUGCACACCCAGGUUCUUGGAAACCACAAAAUCCCCUCCACCAGAGAUCAAAAAAGACAAGCCCAAGCCCUGGCAUGCAGUGCAACUGCCUGAAGGAUGGGAAGAACAUAUGUUCAUUCUCUGUGACAGGAGGAGAUCACUCAUUCCUAGUGUCUCUGCACCCUCCCAAAAUUCCACUACCCCAAUCUUGCAGGAAGACCAGGUCAAGGGCACUCCAAUGGAGGAGGAUGCUGGUGAUGGUAAGACUGAGGCUGAGGAGGUUGAGGUCAAUGUUCUGGCUGAUGAGGGCAGUCAAUGUCCUGAUGAUGGGGCUAGUCAACUUCCAGAUGAUGAAGCUUGUCUUGUUGAUGCUACACAAUGCCCAGAUGCCCAACUCUCCAAGUCCAAACAUAUAUUUCAAGCUCAUCGUGCACUAAUGCAACAUGGCAUGGGCCAGGCAGAUGUGGCUCGAGGACAUGCCAAACAGGCACACUCAAUACAGCACAAGUCAAGCACAGUGACCAGAGCUGAUCAGCACAUGGAGGAGGUCCAUAUACACAUGCAUCCCUCUGCGUUAGAAGUGGAGCAUGGUUGA